AUGGAGCCCGUGCCGCGCGCGGACGCUGCCGCGGAGGAGGCCGGCGCGGCCCCAGCGGGCGCCGCGGCGGCGGCGGGGCCGAGCGCGGAGGUCCAGGCCGCCCCCGUGCCGGACGCCAUGAGCGGCGAAGCCACCUGGCUGGCCAGGCGCGAGCAGUGGCUCCGACCGCGCGCCGCCGCCAAAGACGGCGCGCCGCAACGCGCCCCCGCGCUCAACUGGCUCGAGCUCUCGUCCGCCGAGCGCUACAACCUCAGGAGCUGCCUGUCCUCCGUGGAGCAGCCCUACCCGCCCCUGUCGCGGCGCCUGCCGCUGCGGGUCGCCGUGCGCUGCGCGGACGAGCUCUGGAGCUCCGGCGGGGCGGGCGGCCCGGGCGCGGUGGAGCAGCUCGCGGAGGCGGCGCGCGUGGCCUCGCAGGAGCUGGCGAAGAAGUCCGCCGCGCUCGGCUCCACGCUGGCCAGGCCGGGGGCGCCCUUCGGAGUCAACGAUGGGGGGGGGGGAUAG